AUGAGCAAUGCUGAGAUAAUCGGUUCUACGAAUCUUAUAAUUCUGCUAGAGGAUGAAAUCUUUGCUGAUUUUUUCAACACAUUUCUUUCUCUCCCGGUCUUUGGUCAGACACCAUUUUACACUGUUGACAAUUCAGAGUGGAGCUUGUGGCCAGAAAUGCCCUAUGACUUGAUUGCAAAGUACAAAGGAUUAUUGACCUGGUUGGAAAAAUAUCGGUUACCUUUCUUCUGUAAAACCAACUUGUGUUUCCAUUACGUUCUCUGUCAGGAGCUCGUCAGUUUUGUUAACUCACCAGAAGGAGCCAAGAUGAUGAGAUGGAAAAAGGCAGACCAGUGGCUACUCCAGAAAUGCAUUGGUGGGGUCAGAAGGAUGUGGCGCUUCUAUACCUACCUCAAGGGCGGUGCAGGUGAAGAGCUGGUGGACUUCUGGAUCCUUGCUGAGAAGAUCUUGAGUAUAGAUGAGAUGGAUCUGGAAGUGAGAGACUACUACCUGUCCCUUCUCCUUGUGCUGAAGGCCACGCAUCUGCAGGAGGGCUCAAGAGUGGUGACUCUCUGCAACAUGAACAUCAAGUCCCUCUUGAACCUCUCCACCUGGCAUCCCAACCAGUCAACCACCAGGAGGGAGAUCCUGAGCCACAUGCAGAAAGUGGCUCUAUUCAAACUCCGGAGCUAUUGGCUCCCCAACUUUUACACCCAUGCCAAGACGAUCAUGGCCAAGGAGGAAUCGUGCCAAGGUCUGAUGCAGGAAUAUGAGACUCGCCUGUGCAGUAUUUGCUAUACCCACGUAGAAGGGCUCCCUCUGAACAUGAGCAUCAAGAAGUGCCACCACCCCCAGAAGCGGUACUCAAGCAGGAAGACCAAGAGGAAGAUAUGGCAAUUGAUAGACCAUGGCUCUUGGUGUCUGGAAAUGGAUACCAAGCCAGACACCAACACUACGCUUCCCCAGGAGAUGUGUCUUCAGGAGAAGGUAGUUUUAGAAAUGCCUUCCCCGAAAGUGACCUCUUCAGAGGAGAGAAUAAUCAGUUCCCUGGAAAAGGAUAUUUUCCGUUCUAGGAAGUCCAACAUGAAGGAGAAAGCCAAGAGCCACCACCACAUGCAGGGCCUCUUCGAGACAAAGUUCUCUACCCGCCUGAGGACUAUCACCCCCAUCAUUAGUGCCUCGCCCCAGGUAAUAAUCAAGAAGGCCAUCAAGCAAAGCCUCACUUUGGGGUACACCCACUGGGCCUUGCGUGCUGAUGCCUGUGCAGGGAGUCCCUUCCGGGACUACCUUAAGAAGCUGAAUUUGAAAGUGGAGACCCAACUCCUGGACCUCUGGCAGGACCUGCACCAUUUCCUCAGUGUCCUGGUGAGUAACAGGAAGACCGGGAAUGCUGUCUUUCGGCACAUGCUGGGCAACCGAAUCUGUGAGCUCUACCUGAAUGAGCAGAUUGAUCCAUGCCUACCACUCAAAUCCAAAACCAUGGAAGGCCUGAAGGAGCUGCUGCCUUCUGGAGAUAUGAGCCCCUGGAUUCCCAGAGCCCAGAAGGAGAUCUGCAAGAUGCUCAGCCCCCGGUAUGAUGAAUUCCUGGAUGAAGAGGACUGCUGGUUUCUCACUUUUACAACGGAGACCAGGUUCAUCAGCACCAGGUGGCGUAAAAGAGAAUCUAUAAGCAAAGAAGAGAAGAUUCUUCUUUAUAAGAGGUUUGAGGCAUCUCUGGAGUUAAGCCAAGGUUUGGCUAACAUGGAAGAAAUGGAUUCUAUGCAGUGGCAAAAGAUAGCUACUGAGGACCUGAGACAAGGCGGGUCUCUCCAGGUAGAACCGAAGUCUCCAGUGUUUCUGGCAGAGAUAGAGAAAAUGUCCUUUGAGGAACUCUGCUGUAAGUAUCCAAAGGUGGCUAUAGAGAAGAUCAGCGAUGACUACAAAAUAUAUUGUGAAAAAGCACCUAAAAGAGAUUUUACAGUGGAAAUUGACAGAGAACCAAGGAUGCUUUCAUCCUUACACAGGAAAAUGUCCUUCCCUAGAAGAAUUGGUGUAAGGAAGCCUUCAGUGAGACCCAGAAACUUGACAGAAGUCCUCCUAAAUACACACCACUUGGAGUUCUUCAGGGAGUUCCUCAAAGAAAGGAAGGCCGAAAGCCCGUUGCAAUUCCUGGUAGCUAUACAGCAGAUCAGUAUUGAGACAAAUGAAAAGAUUUAUAAAUCUCUCGCUGAAAAUAUAAUUAAGACUUUCUUCCACAGCAAAGUCUCUCCUGAAGAAAAGCUGCAGUGCAAUGCCCCUGUCAUCAAAGAAAUCUCUAACAUGCGUAAUGUCAGCACAACCACAUUGUUAAUGCUCCAAAGCUAUGUCAUGAAAUCUCUGGAAGAAAAGUGGUUUAAAGAUUACCAAGAGCUGUUCCCACCUUGUCUUCAGGAGGAGGCAACUCAAGUUGCAGUUUUGCCUAAGAAGCCCUCAAAGACAGCAGCAACUUACUUACAGGCAUCCCAGAAAAGAGUCUUGCUGAAAGUGAUCAGCUUUAUCAAGAGCUUUUGCAGGUACCGCAGAUUUAUGUCUAAUCCCAUUAAGCGCCAAGAAUUUGAAGAAUAUCUUCACCUGGAAGUACACAAUAGCAAGGAAAAUCUCUCCCCAUCACCAAACACAUCAGGACGCCCAACCUCAUAUUCCCCAAAUGUCCGGGGUGCAGACCUCGAGAAUGAAGAUAUAACCCUUUCGAAGCGCCGUAUACUUGGCCACAGGAUUAUCAUUGUCAACUUUGCAAUCAAUGAUUUAUAUUUCUUUUCUGAAAUAGAGAAGUUUAACAAUAUGGUGAGUUCAGCUCACAUGCUGCAGGUCAAACGGGCAUACAACGAGAAUGACUUGAUCCUAAUGAGGUCCAAAAUUAACAUCAUCCUAAAGCUCUACUUGCAUUCUGAGAUCCCUCCAAGGCUGAGGGUGAACAUCUCCGACUCCCAGAGGGAUGCCAUCCUUGCUGCAAUUUCAGACGGCUACCCAGAUCGGAACAUCUUCCACGGGGCUGUCUUGUCUAUCUUCCCCGUCAUUAUGUACUUCUGGAAAAGGUUUUGUUCCUGGAAGGCAACCCGCUUUUACUUCCAGUACAGCGGGAAGGACACAAAAACUCCUCCUAAACCUGAAUACAAGUACCCUCCUUUGAGUGGAGGAGACCACCCUGUCCUAAGAUUCACCUUGCUCAGAGGUUUUGAGUGGUUGCUGCCUCAACAGCGGGAAGCAAUAGCAAGUUCAGCCCAAAACUCUUCAUCUACCAAUGUUACCCCGUCAAGACAUGCACUCCCUGCCGUGCAGCUGUGUCCUGUCCCGGGACGAAAAUUACCGGGCACCAAAAAGGAAAAGAAGUAA